CAAUUAUUAGAAUAGAACACCUCAAACAAUCCACCAACAUUUUCUUCUUCAGGUGAGAACAUAUUGAAGAUGAAGGCGAAGUGAUUCGCUCAAUCAAAUCUAUCAAAAAUCAGACGGAAAUUUCUACAGAUUUUGCAAGGUAUGUGAUGCAGAGAAGAAAUUGAUAGCUAGCCGUGGUCCAAGGAAGAAGAUAUUCAGUUCCAAUGUCGUCGUGCUCUGUGGAGAAUCAAAACCCUAACAAGUCUUCACCCUUAAAUUUCUCAAAUCUCUGGUUGAAGAACGAAAAAGUGCUCGAUCAUGUCGUUUACGCUGCCUUACGUCGAUUUUCCUUAUCCAACAAACACCCUCCCUCUCUGCCACCACACCUAGACGAUGUCACCGUUGCUUCUUCUCCUCCACAACCUCCCACGAACAGCAACAAAAUCCUGGCUUUUGAUUUCCCCCAAAUUGUUGUAUCUGAUGAUUUUACUCCUCUCCUUUCUGACGAAAUCCUCCUCCACAUCCUCUCGAAACAUCCGGAAAUAUCACAAAGGAACUCAAAUUGUUUAGUUUCAAAACGGUGGUUGAAUCUCCAAGGUCGAUUGGUAAGAUCACUCAGGGUUUUGGAUUGGGAUUUCCUUAUAUCUGGUCGUAUGUUCUUUAGAUUCCCUAACCUUACACAUAUUGAUUUACUUCAUGGAACUGUGGUUUCCAAUAGUAGUACCCCAAAUUUGAUUGGCCAUGAAUUGGGGUCUUUUCACAUAUCUCCUGACGAUUUUUUAUGCGAUGACCAUUGUUUAUUACCAGUUGAUGAAGUUGAUUUUGGUUUGAAAGUUUUGGCUAGUAUGUACCCCAAUCUGCGUAGGCUUGUUGUUGUGAAUUGUAGUGAAAUUGGAUUACUGAGUGUUGCAGAGGAUUGUCCCACAAUGCAAGAAUUAGUCUUACAUAGAUGUAAUGAUCAUCUAUUGUGUGGAAUAGCAGCAUUUACAAAUCUGCAAAUACUGAAGCUGAUUGGAGUCAUUGAUGGUUUCUAUAAGUCUCUGGUUUCUGACCGAGGUUUGACCAUUUUGGCACAAGGGUGUAAGAGAUUAGUGAAGCUUGAGCUACGUGGAUGUGAAGGGGGUUAUGAGGGGAUCAAAGCAAUUGGUGAAUGCUGUCAAAUGCUUGAGGAGUUAACAAUUUGUGAUCAUAGAAUGGAAGAAGGAUGGUUGUCAGCUCUUUCUUAUUAUGAAAAUUUGAAAUCUUUGAAGCUUGUUUCAUGUAAAGGCAUUGAUCAAAAUCCUGAACUUUAUGAGCAAUUAGGGUUUUGCCAGAUGCUUGAAAGAUUGCAUUUGGAGAAGUGUCAGUUAAGAGAUAAGCAAAGUGUUAGGGCUUUGUUUCUUUUAUGUCAAGCUGUGGUGGAAGUUGUUUUCAAGAAUUGUUGGGGAUUGAAUAAUGCCAUGUUUCUCAAUGCAAAUUUAUGCAGGAGGGUGAAGUCUACGUCUAUAGAAGGAUGUUCAAGGCUAACAACACAAGGUCUUGAGAAUGUGAUUCUUUCAUGGAAGGAGCUUGAAAGCCUUGAAGUGAUAUCAUGUAAAAACAUAAAAGAUGAUGAAGUGACUCCUAAGUUAUCUGCUUUGUUUUCUGAUCUUAAAGACUUCAAAUGGUGCCCAGGUAACAACACGUCUUUUCUUCUGUCAACAAGACUCUCUCUUUCUGAUAUGGGAAAACGAGGGGGUAAGUUCUUCAAGAAGUUUCAAAUUUAAGCGUUUGAACUUAUUCUAUAAAUUCUUUAAAAGUUUCAAACUUGAACAUUUGAGACUGUAGAUUUGGAGUUCUUUAACAUGAAGCAAUAUAAGCUUCUGAUUUGGAUGAACUCUCUAAAGAGUUACUUGGACAAUAUUAUGUAUCGAUAUUUAUUUUGAUAAUCA